UUUGCUUUCCUAACAACCAAAUCGAACUGUACAGCGACAGCCCGGACCCGUUCACCGUAGGGCAGUGUAUAAAUGUACAGAUUAUACUUCAGACUCAUCGUGGCUGUUUUACACGAACUGAUAAGAUGUGCAAUAUUGGCAUGUCAUUGUUUAUUUACUUGAGUUUUUGUAAGUUUUUGAAAGUUUAGUGGGCUAACGCUUUUAUAAAGAUCCGUGUUUUUGUUGUUGUAUAAUGGUAAUAUUGGGUUACCGGGGUAUAGUAUUGAUACAAUAUUACCACUACAUGGCCGGACCGUUUUGAUACUGUAGCUAGUUACUGUAGCUCAUUGAUAACAUAGUUAAGUGACUGUAAAAUCAGUGGCCAAGUUGUUCUAUCUUUAAGGGACGAGGUUGCUAGCUAGCUUUGCUAACAGUGUUAUUGUUAAACCUCUAGCUGGCUGCACGUUAGCAAGCAAUAAACACAUGCGGGAGCACUGAUUUUAUACUACGAGAGACGACUUUUUUUAAAGGAAUAUGGAAACCACUGUUGAUGUAAACCACAUUUUCCCUGAAAGGAUUACAGUUUUGGAUCAAAACCUGAUUGCAUUUACAAAAUCGCUGGGAAGGUCAGAUCCUCAAUCUCUAAUUGCAGCAGUAAUUGAUGAACUUGGAAGAGCCUCAGCCAAGGCCCAAUACUUGACAGCACCAAUCACAAGUGCAUCAAAGCUGCAGACCAACAAGCACCAUCUCUACCUGCUGAAAGACAGAGAAAGCAACGGAGGAAGGGGACUUGCAGUGGGUUUUCUAAAGGUUGGCUGUAAGAAGUUAUUUCUGCUUGACCAGCAGGGGGCGCAUGUCGAGACGGAGCCUCUGUGUGUCUUGGAUUUCUUUGUGACAGAGCACCUUCAGAGGCACGGCUACGGACUGGAGCUGUUUAGCUUCAUGCUGCAGCACAAAAAGGUGGAGCCAGUGAUGAUGGCCUACGACAGGCCCUCCCCUAAGUUCCUCUCAUUCCUGGAGAAGCAUUACUGUCUGAAAAACGGUGUACCUCAGGUCAAUAACUUUGUGGUGUUUGAUGGUUUCUUCACCAACAGAUCAGCGGCCCAGUGGAGAAAGGUUCCCCCCAAAAAGCUGGACGGAGAGAUCAAGCCCUACUCACUAACACAGAGAGGGGCUGUGAGAGAGGAGCAGAGGGCUCUCCCCUGGCCUUUGUGUUGCCCCGCGGCUCCUCCCUUCUCUCCUCCGUUGUCGGUAUCCUCCCCGUGCUCCCCAAGCAGGGCCCGCCAGUGCCCCAACCCGGCCCUGGCCCCAGCAUCUGCCCCUGGGGGCUACAGGGGCCCGGCCCCCAACCCCCCACUCUUCGGCAGCCUCAACUACAGGGUAAAACGCACCAGCCAACAGGGCCUAGUUGCCAGGGGAAACCUCUACAGUCGCUACAUCAACACCCGGGGCUUUGGGCUGUUGUUGGAGACCCAGCAGAACACCUUCAAACUGCCAGGUUUGACACCAUUAUUGAGAGAGAGAGAGACUGACACGGGGGGACAGACAGACCCCCUGGGACACACAGACAGGUCCCUUCCACCUCUGUCCCUAUCCAGGAAGGAGUUGCUCUGCUCCCAGACCACCAGAGAACCAGACAGACAGGCUGGGAUGGAGACCAGGGUGUUGGAGAAUAGGCUCCAGAUGGGGGUAGGGGGAGAGAAAGGAGGUGGGCCCCAGGUGGUUGAGAAGGGGCCAUUGGGGGCUGAGAAGGACAGGGGGAGAGGAGGCUGGUCAUGGACGGUGGGAGAGAGCUGCUGUAACACAGCUCAGUGGGUCAGGCAGAAGCAGGAAUAUAACAACACCAGACCCUGGUGACCCACAUGGACGGACUGACAGGAAGCAGGAAUAUAACAACACCAGACCCUGGUGACCCACAUGGACGGACUGACAGGAAGCAGGAAUAUAACAACACCAGACCCUGGUGACCCACAUGGACGGACUGACAGGAAGCAGGAAUAUAACAACACCAGACCCUGGUGACCCACAUGGACGGACUGACAGGAAGCAGGAAUAUAACAACACCAGACCCUGGUGACCCACAUGGACGGACUGACAGGAAGCAGGAAUAUAACAACACCAGACCCUGGUGACCCACAUGGAAGACAGACGGACUGACAGGAAGCAGGAAUAUAACAACACCAGACCCUGGUGACCCACAUGGAAGACAGACGGACUGACAGGAAGCAGGAAUAUAACAACACCAGACCCUGGUGACCCACAUGGAAGACAGACGGGCUGACAGGAAGCAGGAGAUGGAAGACCGACGGACUGACAGGAAGCAGGAAUAUAACAACACCAGACCCUGGUGACCCACAUGGAAGACAGACAGGAAGCAGGAAUAUAACAACACCAGACCCUGGUGACCCACAUGGAAGACAGACGGGCUGACAGGAAGCAGGAGAUGGAAGACAGACGGACUGACAGGAAGCAGGAGAUGGAAGACAGACGGACUGACAGGAAGCAGGAGAUGGAAGACAGACGGACUGACAGGAAGCAGGAGAUGGAAGACGGGCUGACAGGAAGCAGGAGAUGGAAGACGGGCUGACAGGAAGCAGGAGAUGGAAGACGGGCUGACAGGAAGCAGGAGAUGGAAGACGGGCUGACAGGAAGCAGGAGAUGGAAGACGGGCUGACAGGAAGCAGGAGAUGGAAGACAGAUGGACUGACAGGAAGCAGGAGAUGGAAGACAGACGGACUGACAGGAAGAAGGAGAUGGAAGACGGGCUGACAGGAAGCAGGAGAUGGAAGACGGGCUGACAGGAAGCAGGAGAUGGAAGACGGGCUGACAGGAAGCAGGAGAUGGAAGACGGGCUGACAGGAAGCAGGAGAUGGAAGACGGGCUGACAGGAAGCAGGAGAUGGAAGACAGAUGGACUGACAGGAAGCAGGAGAUGGAAGACAGACGGACUGACAGGAAGAAGGAGAUGGAAGACAGACGGACUGACAGGAAGCAGGAGAUGGAAGACAGACGGACUGACAGGAAGCAGGAGAUGACAGACGGGCUGACAGGAAGCAGGAGAUGGAAGACAGACGGACUGACAGGAAGAAGGACAUAGAAGACGGGCUGACUGACAGAUGGAUAGAUAUAAAUCAGGAGAUGGAAGACAGACUUACUGGCUGACGGAUAGAUAAGAAGCAGGAGAUGGAAGACUGACUGACUGACUGACAGAUGGAUGGAUGGAUAAGAUGCAGGAGAUGGAAGACAGACUUACUGGCUGACGGAUAGAUACGAGGCAGGAGAUGGAAGACAGACGUAUGGAUGGAUAAGAAGCAGGCGAUUGAAGACUGACUGACAGAUGGAUGGAUGAAUAAGAAGCAGGAGAUGGAAGACAGACUUACUGGCUGACGGAUAGAUACGAGGCAGGAGAUGGAAGACAAGAAGAAACAGGAAGUAGAGAGGAGAAAGAGACUGAUUUAAUAGAGAUUUAGAGAAAUGGACUGUGAGCUAGAGUUGAGAUAGACGGGAAGAAAGCCACAGCCAAUCCUCACCCACUUCCCUUCAUCCCUCUCACCUGAUCACUGGUUAGUGGUGCUAUGUUUUCUAGACAGAACAAGUGAGAUAGACGGGAAGAAAGCCACAGCCAAUCCUCACCCACUUCCCUUCAUCCCUCUCACCUGAUCACUGGUUAGUGGUGCUAUGUUUUCUAGACAGAACAAGUGAGAUAGACGGGAAGAAAGCCACAGCCAAUCCUCACCCACUUCCCUUCAUCCCUCUCACCUGAUCACUGGUUAGUGGUGCUAUGUUUUCUAGACAGAACAAGUGAGAUAGACGGGAAGAAAGCCACAGCCAAUCCUCACCCACUUCCCUUCAUCCCUCUCACCUGAUCACUGGUUAGUGGUGCUAUGUUUUCUAGACAGAACAAGUGAGAUAGACGGGAAGAAAGCCACAGCCAAUCCUCACCCACUUCCCUUCAUCCCUCUCACCUGAUCACUGGUUAGUGGUGCUAUGUUUUCUAGACAGAACAAGUGAAGGGUUUGGUAGUUAUGCAACAAUAGUCAGCCAGAUGUCACAGUAUACGUCCCAAAUGGCACCCUAUUCCAUAUGGGACCUGGUCAAAAGUAGUGCACUAUAUUGGGAAUAGGGUGCCAUUUUGGGGCAGUGAAUACUGGGUACUAGUCAGUAGGUUGAUGAUGGUAAUGAGAACCACAGCUUUAGAGACCUACUAAAUCUGUCACAUGUACCAGCAGCUAUUCACUUGAAGCAAAAAGGCAAUGGAGCCAUGCUGGAAAUUCCAUCAGACUUGAGUUGACACGUUAGGAUGUUUUCAAUGUAGAAAUAAAUGGCCUACGCUGAUCACAGAAAGACCUGUCCCUAAAUGUUGUUGGAAUCGCUUUACUUGUUAUGUCUGCGUUAUUUACCCAUGUAUUGAUCAUAGAUUACAUUUGAUUACCUAAAUGUUGAUAUAGUGCUUUGUGUUUCUCUCAUGUCCCCUCUACACCCUUGAACCUCCUGCACUGCCCUCUACUGGCUAAAUCCGGUACUGCAGUAUCACGAGAACUCAACAGGCAGUCAAGUACAAGACAGGGUUGUGUUCAUUCGGCAACAAAACUGAAGACAAUUUAGUUAAAUGGGGUGGAAAAACUUGGACUUGUCCAAUAAGAAAUGGCCAUUUUUGUUUUGUUUCAAAACGUUUUGUGAACACAACCCUGCUUCCCCUCACACAUAGAUAUCAUCCCCAAAACAUUGGUAUCCUGAUUACAUAUGUUAAACAUUCACUACUAAUGCCGUGUUUAUCUUUAGUCGGAACUAGGUAACUCUGACAUUUCCGACUUGCAGUUACACACGUGCCGUAUUCAACCAGUUAGCAAGUCGGACAUUUCAGAGUUUCCUAGUUUCAUACAGCACGUGAAUGCGACAUUAGUACCAUCAAGCUACAACAUCAGAAGCCCCACUAAACAAAAAUAAACGCAAAGUGUUGGUCCCAUGUUUCAUGAGCUGAAAUAAAAGAUCCCAGAAAAGUAC